UCAUCCACGAGUAUGACCACCACCGGUGCAGCAUCUACAUCAUCCAUGAGUAUGACCACCACCGGUGCAGCAUCUACAUCAUCCAUGAGUAUGACCACCACCGGUGCAGCAUCUACAUCAUCCAUGAGUAUGACCACCACCGGUGCAGCAUCUACAUCAUCCACGAGUAUGACCACCACCGGUGCAGCAUCUACAUCAUCCACGAGUAUGACCACCACCGGUGCAGCAUCUACAUCAUCCAUGAGUAUGACCACCACCGGUGCAGCAUCUACAUCAUCCAUGAGUAUGACCACCACCGGUGCAGCAUCUACAUCAUCCAUGAGUAUGACCACCACCGGUGCAGCAUCUACAUCAUCCAUGAGUAUGACCACCACCGGUGCAGCAUCUACAUCAUCCAUGAGUAUGACCACCACCGGUGCAGCAUCUACAUCAUCCAUGAGUAUGACCACCACCGGUGCAGCCAUGGAAGAUGAUGAAAUGGUGAAAGCACCUCUGGAUCUAGGACCACCUGAGAUUAUUAUGAACCUCACGGAAGUGACCACUGAGGACCUCGUUGAACAGGAUGUGGCCGUGGAGACAAACGAGGAGAAACACAGAGGAACAACGUCACACCAGGUGUCAUCGGAGGUACCAGCCCCCAGAUCCACUCAACUCAUUUCAGCAGAGGCUCCUCCAAGCCGUCGAGAGGGAUGCAGCCCAACCUGAUGCUCACAGGGAGGAUGAAGAGACCCUCUUUGCCAUGAGCCUGGUGCCAACACUGAAGAGGCUGCCUCAGCAAAGAAAAGCAGCAGUCAAGGUUAAAAUGUAUCAGCUGCUUUUCAAAGCUGAGUUCAAUGAAAUGGAGUCAAUUUAGCCGACCAGCUCACAGGAAGGACAGGAAGAGGAGAGGAAGAACAGGAAGAUGAGAGGAAGGUCAGGAAGAGGAGAGGAAAGACAGGAAGAGGAGAGGAAGGUCAGGAAGAGGAGAGGAAGGACAGGAAGGACAGGAAGAGGAGAGGAAGGACAGGAAGAGGAGAGGAAGGACAAGAAGAGGAGAGGAAGGACAGGAAGAUGAGAGGAAGGACAGGAAGAGGAGAGGAAGGACAGGAAGAGGAGAGGAAGGACAGGAAGGACAGGAAGAGGAGAGGAAGGACAGGAAGAGGAGAGGAAGGACAGGAAGAGGAGAGGAAGGACAGGAAAAUGAGAGGAAGGACAGGAAGAGGAGAGGAAGGUCAGGAAGAGGAGAGGAAGGACAGGAAGAGGACAGGAAGAGGACAGGAAGGACAGGAAGAGGAGAGGAAGGACAGGAAGAGGACAGGAAGGGCAGGAAGAGGACAGGAAGGACAGGAAGAGGACAGGAAGAGGACAGGAAGGACAGGAAGAGGAGAGGAAGGGCAGGAAGAGGACAGGAAGGACAGGAAGAGGACAGGAAGAGGAGAGGAAGGACAGGAAGAUGACAGGAAGGACAGGAAGGACAGGAAGAGGAGAGGAAGGACAGGAAGAGGAAGUACAGGAAGAGGAGAGGAAGGACAGGAAGAGGACAGGAAGGACAGGAAGAGGAGAGGAAGGACAGGAAGAGGAGAGGAAGGACAGGAAGAGGAGAGGAAGGACAGGAAGAGGGCAGGAAGGACAGGAAGAGGACAAGAAAGGACAGGAAGGGGACAGGAAGAGGACAGGAAGGACAGGAAGAGGAGAGGAAGGACAGGAAGAGGACAGGAAGGACAGGAAGGACAGGAAGAGGACAGGAAGUACAGGAAGAGGACAGGAAGGACAGGAAGAGGAGAGGAAGGACAGGAAGGACAGGAAGAGGAGAGGAAGGACAGGAAGAGGAGAGGAAGGACAGGAAGGGGAGAGGAAGGACAGGAAGGACAGGAAGAGGAAAGGAAGGACAGGAAGAGGAGAGGAAGGACAGGAAGAGGACAGGAAGAGGAGAGGAAGGACAGGAAGAGGAGAGGAAGGACAGGAAGAGGAGAGGAAGGACAGGAAGAGGACAGGAAGAGGAGAGGAAGGACAGGAAGAGGAGCGGAAGGACAGGAAGAAGAGUUGUCUGGUUGCUGUUUUGACCUUCCUCAUUGUACCUUUCUUUUCACACAUCAGUUCCCUUUAAAUUCCGUCAAUUCAUAAAGUCAUUUGUUUAUAAAGUCUUAGGAUAGCAUUCAUUAUUAGAAAUAUAUUAGUGUUACAUAGAUUUCUGAAUUGACAAAAUUGAAACUCAUACGGAGUUUUCACAGAUGCUCUUGGUCUCUUACAAGACUAAAGGUGAAUAUAUUUCUUUCAUUUAAAACCACUUGAAAACCAGGGUGUUGAAACUGUUUGUGAAGUUAUGUUCCAUCGACUGGUCCAUGACGUCCAGGGGCCAUUUGUUUGUUUAGCUGUGUUAUGGCUACACAUUAUUUUAUUUUUUUCAGAGACAGAGACACACACACACCUCUCCUCCACUCCUCUCUGUGCCUCAGAUCUCCUGUGCCCUGCCCUCUCUCUCUUUAUGGCCAUGUCUGAAGUUCCCCUACUACGUCUAGGCUUUAUGAGUAGUCCCUGUAUCUGUCUGCAGGUGUGUCAAAAAUACAUGCUCUUGUUGUUCUUACAGAUUACAGGCUACACAUUCAUAAAUAAAUAAAAAAUCUAUUGUUUUAUUUUUUUAAACAUUUUUACAACACACA